AUGCGGGCCCGGCCGGCGGUGCGGCUGCUGCGGCUGGGCCGGCUGCCCUACGCCGAGUCGCUGGCGGCGCAGGAGCGCUGCGUGGGGCGGCAGCGGGCGGCGGGGCUGGAGCCGGGGCCGGGCGCGGCGGGCUGGCUGCUGCUCUCCGAGCCGGCGGGGCCCGUGUACACGCGCGGGCUGCGGGGCGGCCCGGACCCGGCGGGCGAGGAGCGGCGGCUGCGGGCGCUGGGCGCCGAGUUCCGGCGGGCGGCGCGCGGCGGGCUGCUCACCUUCCACGGCCCGGGCCAGCUGCUGGCCUACCCGGUGCUGGACCUGCGGCGCCUCGGCCUCUCGCUGCGCGCCUACGUGGGGGCGCUGGAGGCCGCGGCGCUGGGCCUCUGCCGCCGCCUGGGCCUGCCCGCCGCGCGCGCCCUGCCGCCGCCCUACACCGGCGUGUGGCUGCGGGGCCGCAAGCUCUGCGCCGUGGGUGUCCAUUGUGGAAUGCAUAUAACCUCUCAUGGUCUGGCGCUGAACUGCUGCACAGACCUCACGUGGUUUGAUCACAUUGUUCCUUGUGGACUCGAAGGGACGGGUGUCACGUCCCUGAGCGAAGAACUCCAGAGACAUGUCACAGUUGAUGAAAUCACUGAGCCUUUUCUGGACGCUUUUGAAGAAGUGUUCCAGUGCACCCUAACUUCCCAUGAGGAAUCUGUGGGAUAAAGGGCUCCCAGUGCCUCACUUACCUGUGGAAAUGUGAAUAUUCUUUGGUGCUUUCAUGGUGUUACUAGAAAUCCAACUUGCUUGUUCCAUCUUUCUUUCAGCAAUUAAAUACGUGUAACAAACUGUA